UCGUGGGUGAUCGGGAAUGUGGGCACACUGUAGACUCUCGGUCCAAAGGGCGAUUUACCAAACAAUUUCGAAACUAUGUGGAGGCACACGAUCCAAAGUACCAGGUACCUGGCAGGAAAUGCCUCGCUCUGCAGGCAAAUAGCCACGCACAGUCCCAAGCUGGGGGCGGAAAGCAAUCGCAGCAAGGAGAAGGCAAGUGAGAAUGAGUCCUUUAUGGCCAACAUCUUCCGUGGGUCUCUGGUGUCGAGCCAAGUGUUCCCGUAUCCGGAUGUCCUGACCGCGGAGCAGAAGGAGCUGACCAACAGUCUGAUAGAUCCGUUCGAGCGUUUCUUCUCCGAUGUCAAUGACGCUGCCCGCAACGAUGCCAACGCUAAAAUAGAUGACGCCACUUCGACGGCUCUGUGGGAGCUCGGGGCCUUCGGAAUCCAAGUGCCAUCUGAUUUCGGUGGCCUCGGUCUGAACAAUACCCAGUACGGCAGACUGUGUGCCAUUGUGGGUGUCAACGAUCUGGGACUGGGCAUCACGAUUGGCGCCCAUCAGAGUAUUGGAUUCAAGGGAAUACUGCUGUACGGCACCCCCGAGCAGAAGGAGAAGUACCUGCCCAAGGUGGCCGCCGAGCAGGUGUACGCUGCCUUUGCCCUUACGGAACCCAGCUCCGGAUCUGAUGCGGGUUCCAUUCGAUGCCGUGCCGUGAAGAGUGCCGAUGGAAAGCAUUACGUCCUAAAUGGCUCGAAAAUCUGGAUUUCCAAUGGCGGAAUUGCCGAAAUCAUGACCGUUUUCGCACAGACUGAGCAGGUGGACCCGAAGACUGGCGAAAAGAAGGACAAGGUGACUGCUUUCAUCGUUGAACGAUCCUUCGGAGGUGUAACCAAUGGACCACCAGAGAAGAAAAUGGGCAUCAAGGCAUCGAACACGGCCGAAGUCUAUUUCGAGGAUGUAAAGAUUCCAAUUGAAAAUGUGCUCGGCAAGGAAGGAGACGGAUUCAAGGUUGCCAUGAACAUAUUGAACAACGGUCGGUUCGGAAUGGGCGCUACGCUAUCGGGAACAAUGAAGAAAUGCAUCGAACAGGCCACCGAGCAUGCCAACAACCGAGUUCAGUUUGGUCAAAAACUAAAGAACUAUGGAUCCAUCCAAGAGAAAUUGGCCCAGAUGAACAUUCUGCAGUACGCCACGGAGUCGAUGGCGUUCACUAUUUCACAAAACAUGGAUGCCGGCAGCAAGGACUAUCACUUGGAAGCCGCCAUCUCGAAGAUCUACGCUUCGGAAAGCGCGUGGUACGUUUGCGACGAGGCUAUACAGAUUCUGGGCGGCAUGGGAUACAUGGUGGAUACUGGACUAGAACGAGUCCUGCGUGACCUGCGCAUUUUCCGCAUAUUCGAGGGCACCAAUGACAUUCUCCGGCUGUUCAUUGCCCUGACUGGCAUCCAAUAUGCGGGAUCCCACCUCAAGGAACUGCAGCGCGCAUUCAAGAAUCCCUCGGCCAAUUUGGGACUGAUUUUCAAGGAGGCCUCCAGGCGGGCCGCCUCUACUGUCGGCUUGGGCGGCACCGAUCUGAGUGGCCACGUAGUGUCUGAACUUUUACCCUAUGCCAAAAAAACGGCCCAUUGUAUUGAUCUUUUUGGACAAUCGGUGGAAGAACUAUUGCUGCGAUACAACAAAAACAUAGUUAACGAACAAAUUUUGCUAACACGACUGGCAAAUGCAGCCAUUGAUAUUUAUGCAAUGGUUGUGACGCAAUCACGAUCAUCCCGUGCAGUCACUCUGAAUCUGCCAACUGCACAACACGAGCUCAACAUGACCAAGGCACUCACUAUUCAGGCAUCUGAUCGAGUGAUUAAGAAUCUACAGGCUGCCACAUCCAGUCAUCAUAGGUCUCUCAAUGAGAAGAUUUCCACCAUUGCCAAGACUACGCUGGAAAAUGGCGGUGUGACUACGACUGGAAUCUUGGAUCAAAACUAGAACAAUAUACUUUUAUACGAAUUUUAAGCCCUUGAUUGUUACCCUAGUAUGAAUGCCAAUAAAGUCUUGUAAAUAAUAA